CAGCUAGAGAGGAGCUGGGUGUCCGUGUGAGGAGCUGAGAGCUUAGAGCAAACGCUUGCACGGUUGAAGAUGUGGAAGUCUGUAGUAGGGCAUGAUGUAUCUGUUUCCGUGGAGACCCAGGGUGAUGACUGGGACACGGACCCUGACUUUGUGAAUGACAUCUCUGAGAAAGAGCAACGGUGGGGAGCCAAGACCAUCGAGGGCUCUGGACGCACAGAGCACAUCAACAUCCACCAGCUGCGGAACAAAGUGUCAGAGGAGCAUGACACUCUUAAGAAGAAGGAGAUGGAGUCAGGGCCCAAAGCAUCCCAUGGCUACGGAGGUCGGUUUGGCGUGGAAAGAGACCGAAUGGACAAGAGUGCAGUGGGCCAUGAGUAUGUGGCUGACGUGGGGAAGCACUCUUCUCAGACGGAUGCUGCCAGAGGCUUUGGGGGCAAAUACGGAGUCGAGAAGGACAGGGCAGACAAGUCAGCAGUUGGCUUUGAUUAUAAAGGAGAAGUGGAGAAACAUACAUCUCAGAAAGAUUACUCUCGUGGCUUCGGUGGCCGCUAUGGGAUAGAGGAGGAUAAACGGGACAAGGCAGCUCUGGGAUAUGACUACAAGGGAGAGACAGAGAAACAUGAAUCCCAAAAAGAUUACUCUCGUGGCUUCGGUGGCCGCUAUGGGAUAGAGAAGGAUAAACAGGACAAGGCAGCUCUGGGAUAUGACUACAAGGGAGAGACAGAGAAACAUGAAUCCCAAAAAGAUUACUCUCGUGGCUUCGGUGGCCGCUAUGGGAUAGAGGAGGAUAAACGGGACAAGGCAGCUCUGGGAUAUGACUACAAGGGAGAGACAGAGAAACAUGAAUCCCAAAAAGAUUACUCUCGUGGCUUCGGUGGCCGCUAUGGGAUAGAGAAGGAUAAACAGGACAAGGCAGCUCUGGGAUAUGACUACAAGGGAGAGACAGAGAAACAUGAAUCCCAAAAAGAUUACUCUCGUGGCUUCGGUGGCCGCUAUGGGAUAGAGGAGGAUAAACAGGACAAGGCAGCUCUGGGAUAUGACUACAAGGGAGAGACAGAGAAACAUGAAUCCCAAAAAGAUUAUGCCAAGGGCUUUGGUGGUCAGUAUGGCAUCCAGAAGGACCGAGUGGAUAAGAGCGCUGUUGGCUUCAAUGAAAUGGAGGCCCCAACCACAGCUUAUAAGAAGACAACACCCAUAGAGGCUGCUUCCAGUGGUGCCCGUGGACUGAAGGCAAAAUUUGAGUCCAUGGCUGAGGACAAGAGGAAGCAGGAGGAAGAGGAGAAGGCACAACAGAUGGCCAGGCAGCAGCAGGAGAGAAAGGCCUUGGUAAAGAAGAGUCACGAGGCGCAGCAACCGGCAGCCACAGUGGAAGAGCCGGCGGCGCCAGCCCCCUUGCCCAAGAAAAUCUCCUUAGAGGCUUGGCCUCCAGCAGGGCCUUGUCCAUCAUCAGAGCCUGGGCCCGUGAGAACCAGUAGGGAGCAACCAGCGCCUGCCCUGCCCCAGAGGCAGAAUCCCCCAGAGGACGAGGAACCCCCGGCUCUGCCCCCCAGGACUCCGGAAGUCUUCCAGCUGGAGGAAGAGCCAGUGUACGAGGCAGCGCCCGAGCCCGAGCCCGAGCCUGAGAACGACUAUGAGGAUGUGGAGGAGAUGGACAGACGCGCACAGGACGAGGAGCCAGAGGGGGACUACGAGGAUGUGAUCGAGCCUGAGGACCCCUCUUUCCCCUCGACUCUGGCUGGACCAUCAGGUUGCCCGGCCGGGGCUGGGAUCUCAGCUGUAGCCCUGUAUGACUACCAAGGAGAGGGAAGUGAUGAGAUCUCCUUUGAUCCAGAUGACAUCAUCACUGACAUUGAGAUGGUGGAUGAGGGCUGGUGGCGGGGACGUUGCAAAGGCCACUUUGGACUCUUCCCUGCAAAUUAUGUCAAGCUCCUCCAGUAACUGUCCCUGUCUGUUUUCUGCACUGUGACUUCCCAUGUCCCAAGUGGCUCCGCCUGCACCCCUUCUCCAUCUCUGCUGCAAGUGUCUGACAGAAUGUCAUGCGUUGCCUGAAGUUCUAGACAGAUUUCCCUCUCCCUCUCCUUUAGGGUUUGGGGCAGAGACAGCAUGAGGAAGGGGGUCUCCUUCCCCUCAGUGUCCUCUCUAUCCAGGAUAGAGACCCUGGAUGAUCCUAGGGGUGUUUUUCUCGUGGUACUGCCUCCUUCCCCAUGAAUGCCCCCCUCUAACCACCCCCCCCCCAACUGUACCUUCCUUUGUUUGUGAACUCUGCGCUUCCUGGUUUGCUUACUUGGGAAGGUAUGUCUAUAUCGCCUGGUUCUCCAGGUUGUGCUGUUUGCUCACUUUCCUUCUCUGCUGAGAUAUCUCUGAAUCCUCUUUCUGCUCAGUUCUAAACUGGAAAUAAAGCGGGACCAUGGCUCACCUCUUCUGGGGUGAAUAGGACUUUUUAUGCAGCCCUCAAUGGCCCUGACUCUCACGACUUCAAUUCUCCUUCCCUCUUUCAGGCACAUCCGGAAAACUCCUUCCAAUCACUGCCCAUCCCUCUGCACCCUGGGUGUCAAGGGCUGUGCCUCUUCCUUAGACUCUACUGAUACCCAGUCCAAAAACAGGUGGGCCUGGGUAAUGGCAGUAAGGUAGGGGAACAGGGGCCAGGAAGGGUCCACAUUAAGGCAGUCCAGCUUCUCCUGGCUUCAGCAGUUGUGAGAGGCCAGCCACCUUCUACCUGGGAGUGAUGUCUACACUUUUCUUAGAACAUGAUGACUCUUGAGGCAGAAGCACAAAUUAGGGGAAAGGAAGGAGGAAAUUAUUUGGCCAAGAAAAAAAAAAAAAGACUAAAACUAGAGGAACACAGGGUCCAAUGAGGUGUUAAGAAAAUUUAGAGUCAGAGACAGUAACCUACACUAGGGAAAGUCCAGGCUUCCUUGUAGCUGGAUGAAUGAAAUCAAUGGCUGGGUAAGAAGUUAGAUGGAGGAAGCUCAUGAAGUUUCCGUGUGGUCCAGAGCUGAGGCUGAAAGAAGAGGUAAGAACCUCUGGGCAGCUGGUGAUGGGCAAAGAGCAAAUCACCAAGCAAAGUAUGGGGAUGAGGGAGAAUGAGAAGCCAGGGUAUGGUGGGUUUUUCUAACUCCUCGCCAUUGGGCUCAGCGAUUUCCGAGAUAGGAGAUCCUAGGCAAAAUCAAAAUCAAAUCAAAAUGAAGUCAGGGAUUUGGUAUAGGGGCUCUUUUGUUGGUGGAGCAUAGAAGUCUGUGCUGUAAUCACUAUCCGAAGUUGGGCCCAGCUUUCAAAGAUACAGAAGACAGUGGGAUCAAAGGGGAGCUAUGAGGGAGUUCUCUGGUGGCCUAGCAGUUGGGAUUCCAGGGCUUUCACUGCUGUGGCCCGGGUUCAGUCCCUGGCUGGGGAACUGAGAUCAUGCAAGCCAUGCAGCGUGGUGCAGCAGAAAGAAAAAAAAAAGGAAAGAAAGAAAAGAAAAAGAAAAAAAGGAGGUGCUAGGAUUGGUGACUGAGACCCAUCAUUGCUGUAGGACUUCAUAAAAGUCCUUCCAAGUUCACUGGUGAGCUGCCCAUGUGCUUAGGGCACUGCAUCCCUCAGGCUCAUUCCUUGGCUUUUCUUCAAAACACACACUCCUUUGUUUCCACAGUGACUUCUAUGCCAGUGAGUCACACAUUUGUCUCUACACCUCACAAGACUCACCCAGUUAGACUUUCAGAGUGCAAAGCAGCUUUUAUUUCUGCCUAUAGAGACAUUGGGGUUUCCAGUGUAGAGAUACGUCACGCUAGAUAUAUACAAUCUCAUUCUUCAGUUUGAUGUGACAUUACACAUAGAUCAGACUUUUGCAGUGGUUUUCUUCUUACAUCCAAAUUCCACCUUGCUUUUGACUUUUCCCUUCAUUAUAAGACAAAAACUUCUUUUCCAGAUCCUUAUACUGUUAAGGCAAUAAAGUCCUGUCGGCCUCAGUUCUACAGACCUCACCCUCCACAUCUGACUCAUCUCUACCUGGACUGACUUUCUUGGUGGUGAUUCUCUUCAAGGUGACAAUUGCAGACACCUCCCUGUCCAGGCUCCUGUUCUUGGGUCCACAAUCCCUUCACUCUCCUUCGCUGCUGCUUGACCUGAAGCCGUGUCCAGCCGCCCUGCCUCUGUCAGACGAUGCUUGCGGCUCGAGCUGCUCUUGACAGCUUCAUCCCACGAAUCAAAGCAUCUGUCUAAUCCACUGUCUCUCUAAAAGGCUUCCCUUUUUCUCCAGUUGCCCUCUGACCAUAAAAUGUGCUUGUUUGUGUAAGCCAGUGGGUACCUGCCGUAGCCGGCAAUAUAUACAACUAGAUACCUUACUAAAUGUCUUCGAUGAUGUCAAUCAGCUCAGUAUUGCUCCGAAGGCAGCAACUGGGAACGUAAAGUGUGCCUGGAGGGGUGGGGCCCACAAAACAGUGCGGUCACUCUCCUGACUGCCCUCCUGGGCCCUCGGCUGCCCAGACUAUCAAGGAAGAGACCUCUGCUCCCUUCCUUUCUCUAUAAUUCUCAUGCAGGUCACGCUAGCCCCGGAUUUUCAUCUCCCUUAGUCUAUAGCUCCCUUUGCUUUUUCUAAUAAAAUAAGAAACCCAGAAUGGAUUUUCAGAGCUUUCUUUCUCCAUAUAGGAAGAACCAGAUUCAAAAACCAGAUUCAGAUAUGGAACUGAUCCCUGGAGAACUCUUCCUUUUUUUCCACUUCAGGGUUUAGUUGUUGUGUUGUUGUAGUUACUCAUCUUCACUGAAUAAAAUCUUAGCGCACACUCUAGUUAUGUUUUUUAGAAAAUGGUGCCUUAUAUACAAAUGUGAAAUACAAACCAAACAAUAAGGAUUAGGAAAAAUAGAGUUACAUUACCGAAACGUACCAAGUGGCACAUUAUAAUGAAAGGUGAGCAUACUUCAGCUCUGGGACUUGCUCUAAUGCAUUCUUGAUUCUUCUUAAGGGAAUCAUCUACUUCAUCUCUACCAGCUCUGGACCACGUUCAGAGGGAGACCCAGGCAAUAACGAACUUCCAUAUUGACUAGACUCUUUUUUGUUGGUGGUGGUUAAAUUCUUUGUUCUCUGCUUCCUCGCAAUGCCCAUCGUCCUUUUCCCUUCUUCCUUACUUGCUGAGGACUGCUAGGAAAAUGGCAUCAAUUAAGGUGACAGGGAUAUAAACACAAAAUAAAUAGCUCAACCUUCCUGGCUUCAGCUAUACCUGGAGAGCUAAUAGGACAUAUUUUUGCAAGUGACCCAAGGACAUGAAGCC